GCUGCGCUCCUCAUCAUGAAGGUCCUGGCCCUCUUGCUUGUCGCCGUCAUCGCGGUGGCCUAUGCAGUCCCUGACCCCCGGGGCAUCAUCAUCAACCUGGACGAGGGCGAACUCUGCAUGAACAGCGCCCAGUGCAAGAGCAAGUGCUGCCACCGCACCAGCGGAAUGAGCCUGGCCCGCUGCGCCCCCAAGGCCAGUGAGAACAGCGAGUGCUCUGCCAAGACCCUCUAUGGGGUUUACUACAAGUGUCCCUGUGAGCGCGGCCUGUCCUGCGAGGUGGACAAGACCAUCGUGGGUUCCAUCACCAACACCAACUUCGGCGUCUGUCACGAUAUUGGCCGACGAUCCCAGGAGUGAAGUCAGCGUGUGGCGGGCGCCAAGCCCUGAACGCCCAAGCAUGGUCCUCCUCCACCCUGGACCAGCGUCUCCAUCUUCUAAUUGGUUUUUUGGCCAUUAAAGCCUCUCCUG